CCUUCUCCGGGAAAAGAGAGAGUGCCAGCGCAACUAAGUCCCACCCAAACAGGCUACACCUAUUACCUCCCCCUGGACGUAAAACGGGGGUAGAUACAUCACACAAACUUAGUAUUGUUCGCCCAAGACUAUGGACAAGUUUCUCCAGCAAUUUCAUUGAAUAUAACACAUUUUGGAAACAAUGCGACCUGGAAGUGGAAUAGUUAUUGCUGCCUUGUUCAGCCUGGGCUGCAGCAUGACACUGACAGCGGACAAGAAAGUGUGUCAGGGGAUCAGCAACAGGCUGACGCUGCUGGGGACUGUAGACGACCAUUACAACAACCUGGUGAGGAUGUACAGCAACUGUACCGUGGUCCUGGAGAACCUAGAGCUUACCUACAUCCAGGAGUACCACGACCUCUCCUUCCUCAAGUCCAUUCAGGAGGUUGGAGGCUAUGUUCUGAUCGCCGUCAACAAGGCAGCCAUCAUCCCACUGGAGAACCUGCGUCUGAUCCGAGGACACUCCCUCUACGACAACAAGUAUGCCCUGGCUGUCAUGUCCAACUACGAGAAGAACCACUCCUCUGUGACCCUUAACUACACACGGGGCCUAAGGGAGCUGAUGCUGAGAGGACUGACAGACAUUCUCAAGGGAGGGGUGAAAAUUGCCCACAAUCCUUUGUUGUGUAAUGUGGAGACCAUCCAAUGGUGGGACAUGGUAAACAAGGCCGGCAACCCCAGUAUGGAUUUCAAACUGGAGAGCUAUGGCCGUUACUGUGGCAAGUGUGACCCUGGAUGCUACAAUGGAUCAUGCUGGACACCAGGACCAGAGAACUGUCAAACAUUUACCAAGCUGAAGUGUGCAGAGCAGUGCUCUGGAAGGUGUAGGGGUCCUAAACCUAGUGACUGCUGUAACGAACACUGUGCUGCAGGGUGCACCGGCCCUAGGCCUACAGAGUGUCUGGCCUGCAGAGACUUCCAGGAUGAUGGCACAUGUAAGGAUGCCUGCCCUCCUACCAUGAUCUACAAUCCCAACACCCACCAGCUGGCUUCCAACCCUAACGCCAAGUACACGUUCGGGGCCACUUGUGUGAAGACCUGCCCACAUAACUAUGUGGUGACGGACCACGGGGCGUGUGUCCGAACAUGCAGUGGCAACACACACGAGGUGGAGGAGAAUGGUGUCAGGAGGUGCAAGAAGUGUGACGGAAUCUGUCCAAAAGUGUGCAAUGGACUUGGAAUGGGGCCGCUUACUGCCGUCUUGUCAAUCAACGCCUCUAACAUUGAUUCUUUCAAAAACUGCACCAAAAUCAAUGGCGAUGUUUCAAUAAUUGGAACCUCUUUGAAUGGUGAUAGGUACACAUCAACACCAAAAAUGGACCCUGCCAAACUGGAUUAUUUCAGAACUGUGAAGGAAAUUUCAGGGUUUCUGCUCAUACAAGCUUGGCCAAAGCACCUCGAUUCUCUCAGUGCAUUUGAAAACCUGGAGAUUAUCAGGGGAAGGACCAAACAGUUUGGUCAGGUGAGUUUUGCUGCCCUGAACGUGGCCCAUCUGAAGUAUCUAGGCCUCCGCUCCCUACGAGAGAUCAGCGAUGGCAACAUUGUGGUGAAGAACAACCCCCACCUCUGCUACAGCAACGGAGGCCACUGGAAUGGCCUGUUCAGACUGGACAAACAGUUUGCAAGGGUGGACAACAACGCCAACAUCAGCACAUGUGCCCAGCUGAACAGUACCUGUGAUGACAUGUGCACUAAGGAGGGCUGCUGGGGGCCCGGUCCAACCAUGUGCUUAACCUGCCUGUACUACGCCCGUAGGGGCCGCUGUGUGGGGGCCUGUCACGUACUGGAGGGGACACCAAGAGAGUAUGUGUUGAACAACAUAUGCCUAGAGUGUGACCAAGAAUGUAUGGUGAAGAACAGAACCGGAAGCUGCUUUGGAUCUGGCCCUGACAAGUGUGUGGAGUGCGCCCACGUCAAAGAUGGCCCCCACUGUGUCUAUCGGUGCCCACGCGGCGUUCUCGGGGACGUGGACAGGCCCAUCUGGAAAUACGCUGACAAGAACAGAGAAUGUCAGCUCUGCCAUGAGAACUGCACCGACGGAUGCUCUGGACCUGGACUGAAUGGCUGCAAUGCCAGAGGUGGUUCUGUCCCAUCGGCAGUGGCUGCCAGUGUGGUGGGAGGCCUCCUGGUGUUUGUGGUCCUGGCCUUGGGUGUGUUCGUGCUAGUCCGCAGACGUCACAUCGUCAGGAAGAGGACGCUGCGCCGCCUGCUGCAGGAAAGAGAGUUGGUUGAACCCCUGACCCCAAGUGGAGAGGCACCCAACCAGGCCCUGCUCCGCAUUCUGAAGGAGACCGAGUUUAAGAAGAUCAAAGUGUUGGGAUCAGGGGCCUUUGGGACUGUCUUUAAGGGCGUGUGGAUUCCUGAGGGAGAAAACGUGAAGAUCCCUGUUGCCAUUAAGGUGUUGAGAGAGGCCACAUCUCCCAAAGCCAACAAGGAGAUUCUAGACGAGGCCUAUGUGAUGGCCAGUGUGGAGCACCCCCACGUAUGUCGUCUUCUGGGCAUCUGCCUGACGUCCACGGUGCAGCUCAUCACCCAGAUCAUGCCCUACGGCUGUCUGCUGGACUAUGUCAAGGAGAACAAGGACCUCAUUGGCUCCCAGUGCCUACUCAACUGGUGUGUACAGAUCGCAAAGGGUAUGAACUACCUGGAGGAGCGUCACCUGGUGCACCGUGACCUGGCGGCCAGGAACGUUCUGGUGAAGACGCCUCACCAUUUGAAGAUCACGGACUUUGGACUGGCCAAGCUGCUCACCGCCGACGAGAAGGAGUACCACGCUGAUGGGGGAAAGGUGCCCAUAAAGUGGAUGGCACUGGAGUCCAUCCUUCACUGGACCUAUACCCAUCAGAGUGAUGUGUGGAGCUACGGUGUGACAUUGUGGGAGCUGAUGACAUUUGGGUCGAAGCCCUACGAUGGCAUACCGGCCAGGGAGAUCUCUGGAGUCCUGGAGAAAGGAGAGCGCCUACCUCAGCCCAUCUGUACCAUAGACGUCUACAUGAUCAUGGUCAAAUGCUGGAUGAUCGAUGCAGACAGCAGACCACGGUUCAGGGAGCUCAUCUCUGAGUUCUCCAAAAUGGCCCGGGAUCCAUCUCGCUAUCUGGUCAUUCAGGGAGAUGAUUGCAUGUACCUGCCCAGUCCCACGGACUCUAAGUUCUACCGUAGCCUGAUCAGUACAUCAGAGGACAUGGAGGAUGUGGUCGAUGCCGAGGAGUAUCUUCUCCCCGACAAGACCACCCAGCACCACAACUCAGGGAAUGGCCAUCUGAUGAGAGAGAACAGUGUGAUCCUUCGCUACAUCACAGACCCUACCCACGGUGGUUCUCUAGAGAAAGACCUCACAGACCCCACCCACAGAGGUUCUCUAAAGAAAGACAUCACAGACCCCACCCACGGUGGUUCUCUAGAGCAAGAUCUCGCUGCUCUUCCAGAAUACAUGAACCAGAACACCAAGCUCUCUGAUGUCUUCAACCCCAACUAUGAGGACCCCAGCGUGCCAGCCUGGGCAACUCGGACCUCCUCUGGGUACGACCCGGACAACAAGUUCUUCAACUCCCUGCCACGUGUGCCGGAGGGACCCGAGUAUCUGAACAUGGCCCGCAGUACCCUCCCUCGCUCUGUAUGCGAGAGCAACCCAGACUACCAGGAGGACUUCCUACCUCAGGCCACACCCACCAGUAGUCACUUCCUGCCCGCAGCAGAGAACCUGGAGUACCUCGGAUUGAGCGCUGCUGUACACACCCCUGUACGCUAGAGGACUCCUCCCACAGAUCUCAGGGGACAGUGAGGAACAAUGGGACCUGAAUAAACUUGGAUGGAGACAGAUGUGGGACAUCAGUAAGGUUUUGGAGGAAUUUUUCAUGUGGUUGUCCCUUUAUUUCUGGAGGAAAUAGGCUUCAUGGAGAUGUCAGCUAUGAACUGAUGCUCCUGGAAAUUAUGUUCUCUAUUUCAAAUCCAUGGAUCAACCAUCCAUUUAGAUGACUUUGAGUGACUUUCAGAUCAGAAGAAUGAGCCAAAGCCUUGACAUAACAAUUAUGUCAUGCAAAUCAUUUUUACAGUCCGGGUCGAGUGUGUGGAACAGUUUUUUUAUUUGUCUUGCCAUGAAAUGUGAAGAGGACGGAGUAGACACAGACCGCUAAGGCUGGACACUGCUGGACUGUGUGCUUACAUUGUAUUGUGGACAUGAUUCUUUACAGCUCUGCUCUCUGGUUGUACACACUUGAAUGCCAAGACUAAUUUUGGUGUACCAAGCUACCGGUAACUAACAAAUCAAAUCAAAUCAAAUCAAAUUUAUUUAUAUAGCCCUUCGUACAUCAGCUGAUAUCUCAAAGUGCUGUACAGAAACCCAGCCUAAAACCCCA